AUGACCGAACAAACAGUAACGCCAAGUAGCAUUCGAUCGGAUUUGGUUGAUAUAGCCAUUGGAUUUUUGAAAAAUCCAAGAGUUGAGGGUGAAUCAAUGGUUAAAAAACGUGAAUUUCUACAAAAGAAGGGACUUACGGAUAAUGAAAUCGAUUAUGCAUUUAAACUUAUGCCACAGAAAGUCGAAACAACAAAAGAAAUUGUUCCUAACCAUCAACCCUCGUUUCUUCGUCGCAUAUUGUACGAUUUAAUCGUAGCUGGAUUUUUAGGAGUUGCAUUAAAAUUUCUUAGACGUCUGUUUCAAUCGCAAAAAUCGAUAAAAGUCAAUGAAUUACAUGAAAUAAUAAAAAAUCUUCAAAAAACAGUUCAAGAUAUGCAAACAAGUAUUACUAAACUUGAGCAAGCAGUCAAUCAAUCGAAUUCAACGAUCAAUAGAGCAGCAUCCUUCGAUGAAAUCAAACGAGAAAUUCAAACGUUGAAAGCUCUCUGUUUAGGUCGCUCUCAAUUUCCACCAAUUCCACAAAUAACUCCUCCGUCAAUUCCAUCUUGGCAAUUAGAAGCAGCACAAAAAGCAAAAGCUCGUAUAUCACCGGUCGCUGACGUAACAAUUCCUAAAAAAACCAAUGAUGACAAUAAAGAAGAUGGCGAUAGUAUUAUUGUAGUAUCUGAAAAUGAGAAAAAAAGUGACGAUGAAAAUAAUUUUUCAAUAAGUCCAUCAUCAGAAUCGUCCAAUGACGCUUAA